UUUCAGCGCUCCUUUACAAAUUUCCGACAGUUCGUGAAGGCAUCAAACAUUAGCUUAGUAGUUAGCAUACUUCCGCUCGAUAAAAAUGGAUCUCUUCGUUGUUUUUGCGCUGUUCUGAUAACCGAACCGGGUUCUGUUUCUCCAUGAGCUCAGAUGGAUUUUAGACAGCAUGUUUUAUCUGCGGGCCGAGCGGUUCUAGACAUGAUGGAGCGGGAAUGGGAGCCCCUGUCAGCCGGGGAGCUGGAGCUCCGGCUGGACCAGGCGGUGGAGGAGAUCCUGGAGUCCGAGCUGGUGGGGAGACUCGAAGCGCAGCCGCCUUCUCCCGCCGUUUACCUGCGGUUACUGCGGGGCAACCCGAGCCCUGGACCCUGGGGUUCACCCACAGCGGCCGGGUUGACUGGUCCGACCGAGAAUGGAGCGUCAGCAUCCGAGAACCAGCAAGAAACAACGGACAGUGAAGCAGUCACGUACAUUUCAAAGCUGCUUCAAAGCUCCACAUCCGGGGCUCGACUGGCUGGACGCGCUCGCUUGUCUCUGUCCCACACUGUCCUCCUGUCUCUGUCUCUGCUGUCUGAACGGGUCAGCUACCGCUCCGUGUCCCGCCGCUUCCAGCUGGAGAAAGGAAACAUCCACAGGAUCUUCUUCUCCUUCUGUGAGCGGAUCAGCACGCUAACGGACGAGCAAAUCAGAUGGCCGCUUGGAGAAGAGGCUGCAGAGGCACUUUUCCCAUUUUCCGGUCUGGUGGUGGAUAAUCAGGAGGAUGAAGGCCGUAGUCUUCCUCGGGUCCUGGGAGUUUUGGGACACACACAGAUUCCCAUCCGCCUGCCUGCAGGAAAACAUGACCUGGAGAGUCUGGGACCUGCGGAGAAGAGGAUCAAGAUGGCGGCCCAUCUGGACCGCUGGUUACACCUGGAGCUGGUCUGCAGCCGUGGAGGUCAGUUCCUGCACUGCAGAGUCAGCAGCGGCUCCGAUUCGGACCGCGGCCGGAUACUGACAGACCGACUCAAACAGAACCCUCACCUGAUGCCACCCGGUUCCUGCCUUGUAGCCAGAACCGGAUACCCUCUAUCGGCGCGGAUUCUCACCCCUUACACCGGAAGCUGCGGCCCAAAACAGGAAGUCUUCAACCGAACGCUGGCGGAACAUUGUCGGAUCCUGGAUUGGGCCGUCGGCAGUCUGAAGGCCAGAUUUAAACGGCUCAGCUAUCUGGACAUCGGAAACUACGACCGGGCCAGAACCGUCGUUUUGACCGCCUGCGUGUUGCACAACGUGUUCCUGCGGAUGGGACAAGAACUUCGACUGGAUUCUGCAAUGGAGAAUAUCCGAACCGCAGAGGAAGAGGAGAAGGACGGGGAGGAAGAUCAGGAGGGAGUUCAGAGACGGGAUGCUGCUGCAGAUUUGCUGUUGAGGAACAUUAACUCUGGAAUCACGUGACAGAAUAUAAACUGUAACAAAUGAGGCUGCAACACGGCUUCAAAAUAAAAUGUCCGAUUUUUCCAUAACACA